CUCUCUCUCUCUCUCUCUCUCUCGUUGAGGGUUUAAGCUCACAUCUAUUUUUGGAUUUCAUAGUGGCCAUCUUUCCCCUCUCGAUAAAGAUCCGUGUUGUUUUGUGUGUUUCAUGUUGUGUGUGUGCGGGAGCUCUGUCAGCUGUCACCCCCCCAGCAGCGGGACAUUAGAGAUGGUCGCUUCUCGAUGGAAGACACAUUUCCACUUCCAGUGGUGAAUCCACAUCUGGUUUGCAUCUGUAUUCCAACCGAGGAGCGGAUGAGGAUUUGAGGAAAGGGGCAGCAGCCGGGACUCAGACCCGUGAGCCUGCAGCUCUUCAGGGUUCACAUCCCUGCAGGGACCGAUCCGCCUUCACACCCCGGACCCUGCGGGCUGCAGGCGGUGCGGGAACCAGCGACCUGCGGUGCCGGUGGAGGAGCCGCUCGUCGUUUUCACCGCAUUUGCGCGUGAGGGAGCGAGGUGCGAUAGAUGGAUUUGAAACGAAGAGCAGAUUGAUCAGAAGGUCCAACUUCCUGCAGAAGUGACAUUUUGAAGAUCUUUGUCUAGACCAAUCAGAGAGCUUCCCCCCGCUGCCCCCCACUCCACCGUGUCCGCCCGCUAACCCUCACCAGGCAUCAUGGGUACAGUGUUGUCGCUGUCUCCCAGCUACCGAAAGGCUGCGCUGUUUGAGGACGGCCCGGCCACGGUCGGCCACUACACAGCCGUCCAGAACAGCAAGAACGCCAAGGACGCCGCCGCGGCCGCCAAGUCCCUCAAACGGCCUUCCAUCAUCAGCGUGUUGCCAUGGAAGCGAAUCGUGGCUGUUUCUGCAAAGAGGAAGGGCUCCAAGAAGCUCCAGUCCGAGGGCGGGGACGGUGGGAAAGGAAGCUCUCCGGACGGACACGCCACCGCCAACUCAGCCUCCAACAGCCUGAAGCUGAAGAAGUCUCAGUCCUGCGCUAACCUUGCAUCUUUCACAUCCGGCCAGGACCCGUCAGGCACCAGCACCACUACCUCCUCACACCUGCCCACCUCCAAGACCCUGGCCAACGUAGCUGUCGCUGCUAAGAAGAACUCCCUCACAGGCUCGGGGAUCCAGCCGUCCACUGCAGUGGGCACGCCAAAACGUGUCAUUGUCCAGGCCUCCACCAGUGAACUGAUGCGCAGCCUGGGUGAGUUCCUGUGCCGUCGAUGUUACCGACUGAAGCGUCUUUCCCCCACGGAUCCGGUGCUGUGGCUGCGCAGCGUGGACCGCUCCCUCCUCCUGCAGGGCUGGCAGGACCAGGGCUUCAUCACUCCGGCCAACGUGGUCUUCCUCUACAUGCUGUGCCGCGACGUGGUCUCUGCCGAGGUGGCCUCCGAGCGCGAGCUGCAGGCCUCGCUGCUCACCUGCCUCUACCUGUCCUACUCCUACAUGGGCAACGAAAUCUCCUACCCACUGAAGCCCUUCCUGGUGGAGGCGGAGAAGGAGGCCUUCUGGGACCGCUGCCUGGAGAUCAUCAACCGCAUGAGUGGCAAGAUGCUCCAGAUCAACACCGACCCGCACUACUUCACGCAGGUGUUUGCCGACCUGAAGAACGAGAGCAAGAAAGAAGAGGAGAAGACCAAACUCCUCAUAGGCAUCGACCGAUAAGAAGGAGACGGGAGGGGGGAGGAGAGGAUGGAUAGAAAGAUGGAUGGAGUUGAAAGGUUGAGGACUGAUGUAAAGAAUCGUAGCGAUACCUUGGAGUAGUGCUGUUGUCUGGCGUCUCUACUGGUUUGUGAUUCACCAAAUUUCUUGUUUGUUACUCAGAGCAAAGAGCUUCUGGGAUUAAGGAUAAAUUAAUUCAUUUGAUAUUGAGCCACAGGAACAGGAACAGGCUCUGAGACACAGGCUGGUGGUUCUGGGCCCGUCUUCUGACGUGUCACAUGUUCUGUGUUCAGGUUGUGACGAUAACAAGCUUCACAGCAGAGAUUUGAUCUUUAGGUUUUCACUCACAAUGUAACUGACACAGAUUUGAUCCAAUGCCUGCACAUCAGGGUUCAUGAUAUUACACGAACAGAUUAGAGAAGCAGAUCUUUAUCGUCGGACCUGAACCUGGUUUGCUGAGAUGAGACAUGAAAUCUGAUUCCUGUUAAAGUCCUGAUUUGGUUUAGAAACGCCAGACAACACAGAUUUACAGAACCAAGGGUGAACAUUAUUAUAAAUAUAAGGAAUAUUGAUAUUGUGUGAUAGCGUCCAGGCAUUUUUGAUUGCGUGUUGAAAAAUACGAAUCACGCUGCAUGAGGUCACCUCAUAUCUUCUUGCACAUGACCACCUGCUUAUUGCCAACUCCAUUUGACCUUGUCCCUUAUUGUCCUGCCCGAGCUUACUGCACUCACCAACACUGGCUGCGAGACUUUAAGAGCAGUAACUAAUUCACCAUAACCAGCCAGAAUCUACCAGAACAAAACCAGUCUGCAAACUGGUCAGACUGUGAAAUUUACAUCCUGAUUAGGUGUAAUCGUGCUGAAGCAGAUUAAUUGAUUCGUUUUAGAUCAAGUUUAGAACUUAAAGGGGAACAUGUGGGUUUAUCUGUGGAUUACUCACUUCUUUUAUCUAAUCCCUUCGCUCACAGAUUAAUAAUCAUGAACCGAGCUCUGCUGAAAGCUGUUUACUUUUACAAAAAUAUUAAGGGAAAAUGCAAUACUGACCCCUCUAGGGAAAACAAGGAAUUACUUCAUUCCUUCCUUUCCCCGGCACUUUGUCCUGCAUUGGUGCUGAAGGAAGGAAGGAAGGAAGGAAGGAAGGAAGAAAGAAAGAAAGAAAGAAAGAAAGAAAGAAAGAAAGAAAGAAAGAAAGUAAGAAGGGAGGAAGGAAGGAAGGAGGAAGGAGGAAGGAAGGAAGGAAGGAAGGAAUAAGGUGCUUCAUACUGUAUGAAUGACUGAGCUGAGUCGUGGAGGACAUGGAUCAUCGAAUCUGAACCAAUCUCCACAAACCUCAGAAUGAAAGGAAAUGGGAUUAGAUCCCAGAUGUGCGAGGUCGGGGGCAGAUGUGACUUUUCUUCCAAAACAACGCUUCAAUGUCGCCGCUCAGCUCGAGGGCCCCCGCGCUCUCUCCUCCCCCUCGCCACUCAUUUGUCUCCACAUCCACCUGGACGGAGACACCUCGUCCGUCUGGUCUGGUGCCGUCCAGUCCAGACUGUCCCAUGUACACAGACUCUGAGGUCCACUGACCCGACGGCUUAAUAUUCAGUUGUUUGAUAUGCAUGUGUGCUUCUAUAGGUUUCCUAGCAUGCUGCUUUGUGUUGGGCACACUGCGCCACAUGUUCCAGAAGAGACUGAGCAUUCACCGUGCUGAACUGCUGGGAGCCGGACUCUGAGAUGUGACAUCCGCUCAGCUGAUGUGGGGGGGUGGGGGUGGUUGUAUCCAUAGAUUGCACGUAAAGGCAAAUCCAAACAUUGGUCCUUUAUCAAAAUCGUCCUAACUCUUGAUUCCAGGGGGCGUCCGGGUCUAAAAGGUCCGUUCAAGACUAAAUUGUUCAACUGGAGCGCAUCAGAAACACACUGCCUCCUAAAUCCAGACAUCAAAUCCAACACCUCCAGUUUGAGAUUAAAAUACAACACAUCUCAAACAAAGAGGCUGGGUCCUACUCCUCAUGCACCAACAACAUGACCUCCAUGUUUAAAAUCUGUGGAAUCCCCCUGAACAGAGGAUUUUUAUUGGGAUACAGCUGCUCCAGAUGUUUCCUGAGAGGAGAUCCCCUGCUCUGAUGAUGUCACAUCACUCAGUCUUUAAUGUGGGAAAAGCUCUGCCUUCUCACACGGGGCAGAGAUCUUGUGCCAUAUCAUCUUAAAGACUCGUUAUUUCAUACAAAACAACAACAAAGGAAAUACAAAGAAACACGAGGCGACUCAGAGUCGUGACGGCUGAAACAAGAGAGACUCUCCUGGAGGAACCUUCUCACAGUGUUGUUGUAUCAGGUGUCAGAUCUGUCCACCAGAGGAGACAGACUUUGUGCAGAGUGAUGUUUAACGUGCAGGGAAAGUUUCAUGUGCCACAAAGUGUAACGUGGAGUCGGGGGAAGCCGGAGCGCUCAGCGUUGUGUUCUCCAGUUUAUUAUUUUUGGUCUGAUGUGAAUAUGAUGAAUCAAAGUAUUGGUGAUUUUGAAAAGACGUGUAAAAGCCGAGUGACGCCUGUUUGCUGGUGUCUCCACACGAGAGGUGAAUCCACUCUGGUUGUGUUCAGAUGAAAGAGCGACCUGAUGUAGCCUCGAUCCAGAGUCCGACCUCAUGACACAAAUAUGCAUAUGAAGAAUGAAUCCAUGGCAAACGAGCUUGUUCACACCUGCGUCCUCCGAGCUGUUUCUGAUGGGUUGAACAGUCGAUACGUAGCAUUCCUCCCGGUCCCAACACGACUGUUCAAUAACACUCCUGUUUAUUUUGUGCUGUAAGAGCCAAACUGUAGGUUGUUGGGGUGAAAACACAAAGAUCCCUGCAGGUUGAGAUACAUUUAAAGGUGCUGUAUGUAUGUUUUCUCCAAUUGAAAGUUCAGCAUCAAACUGCGUCCUCCGCAGGAUUCAGCCUCUGAAUUGGGACAAAGCUCCUUAUUCUCUGUAUCUAGGUUAGUUUCUUCUCAGUUUCCAACCGGAGACGCUGUAGCCUCCAGUCUGUCCUGAGGAAGUAGCACCGAUCAGAGCGCAGAACACAACUUGUCUUUUAAACACUUUUAUCUCUGAGGCUCUUGGCGAGCGACCAUCACCACGGGCAAGAAGGCACGUCGCAGAGAAAAUUUACAUAAAGCAACUUUAAAGGUGAUAAAGACAUUGAGAGAAGUUUGUGGGGAUGGAACCUAAAUCCAUCGUCCAGGAAGGAGGAUUGUUUUUAUUGAAAUCCAGAACUGUGACCUGCUGGUUCUUGUGGUGAAUCGUUGAACUGAGCCACAGCUCCUUUAGUUACUGCUCCUGUUUUACUCUAUUUUACAGAUUUCCUUUUUAACAAUGGCUCCUUUAGGCUGAGACAGAAACAUGAGCUUCUCAUCUCUUGCCAGAUGUUCGUCAGCCGUCAUUGGGAGAGUGGAUCAGCUGUAGUUGGUUGAACUGUGUCCUGAUGACGUCUCUUCGGUUUCCAUCCAGUUUAAAAACAUGCCCCUGAUUCCUGCUCAAGGGCCGAAGCUGCAGCCGAGUCGAGUUGAGUCAGAAUCGUCAAGUUGAUUCUGAAUUAUUCUGAUUAUGAUUCACUAUGAACCUCGAUUCCUCAAGUUCAACAAGUAUCAGGGCAGAGCGUCAAACGUUGGCCGAACCUCUGAUAGCGUCCAGGAUUGUCUCCAGUGGUGAACAGGGCUUUUUUUUAAUGUAACCACGAACCCCACAAAUUGAUGAAUGUGCCCCUGAGCCCUGAAGGGAACGAGCUGAAGGUACAGUGAUCCGGUCAGAGCAGAUCUAAACCCACAACCUUCAUCUUUCACUCUCACGGUUUUAGAAAAGCUGAAAGAGACGACAACCUCCUGCAAACUCUUGAGACGCCAUGUGUUCCUACUUCUAACGACAGCAACAAGCAAACCGCCUCAACGUGUGUGGAACUAUGAGGCUUAAUAUGACGAGUGAAACGUUGAGGGGAGGAAUUUACACAACAGUCAAUUCUACUACUUCUCCCCCCCCCCACACACACACACAUCCAUUAAGAGUGUUAUAUAUUGAUUCUUCAGUAUCAUGUGGACGACAGACAAGACGAGUUCUGCUGAUUUUCUCUGUGAAACAAAAGAACUGAUGAGCAAACGUCCCGACAUGUGAACCGGCUCAGACCUCCCAGCGAGCGGCGGUCUGGGUGGACGACGCCCCCUCCCCCACAUCCUCUCAUCAUCGACCGACUCAUAACGAUGUGCCAUAUUUUAUCUUGCAACACGUACAAGACGAAAAACUAUCGUGUAACAUAUGAAGUUUAUGGUAAUGAUGACAAAGUUAUUGCAGUUUUUUCUUCCUUUUCAUUUGUGAAUUGUGCAAACGAGAAUCUUUGUGGAACAAACGUCACGGCUACUCGUGACACUGGAGUGCUGAGGCUGCAGGCUGUCACCAUGUGGAUGUAUGAAUAUGUAUGUGAGACGUAAGAAUCAUUUGAUCAACUGUUACAGGUACUUUAUAUAAAAACCUUUACAAGCA